UUAUUUCAUGAAAACAUUAUUCAAAUUAUAACAAUUACAAUACUGAAUUUUUGUUGGGCUCUUUAUGGAACUGUAGUACAAGCAAUUGAAGUCAAGCUGUCAUUAGGUGAUUUAGAUGGUCUCUCUCAAUGUGCAAAACAACCUAAUUUUACGCCAAACUUUUCGGGAAACGAUAUUCCAUGUGUUAUAGUACUCCUCCUUCUUGCAAUUGUCAUGUCUUUCCUUUCAUAUAAACUUUAUAAACAAUUUGGCUGGGUUAAUUAUAAGAAGAUCGGUG